AUGCGGUCCAAGUUCAAGGACGAGCACCCAUUCGAGAAGCGGAAGGCGGAGGCUGAGCGCAUCCGCCAGAAGUACGCUGAUAGAAUCCCUGUCAUCUGCGAGAAAGUCGAGAAGUCGGACAUCGCUACCAUCGACAAGAAGAAGUACCUCGUCCCGGCCGAUCUCACGGUGGGCCAGUUCGUCUACGUGAUCCGCAAGCGCAUCAAGCUUUCCCCUGAGAAGGCUAUCUUCAUCUUCGUCGAUGAGGUUCUUCCUCCCACUGCCGCCCUCAUGAGCAGCAUCUACGAGGAGCACAAGGAUGAGGAUGGCUUCCUGUACAUCACAUACUCCGGCGAGAACACUUUCGGUGACUUGUAA